AGGGUGUUUUCGCCUCAGCCAUUGACCCAAUCACGCUUAAAUAAUUUUAUACACUAAAACUGUGUUUGUGAUCUGCUCCGUCAUCCACCUUAUAACUGGAGAACACGGGUCGAGCCUGAGACGUGUGUUGCACCUAAUAAAGGAGGUGAUGAACAUCUGCGCCCUGCUCGAUUACCUGCAGUACAGCCCAGCCAGCCACGCGCGGGAAGCAUCACUUAAGUGGAGCAGCCGCGCACUCGCGAGUGGAGGCGGGUGUCACUCUCUCUCUCCAGAACAGCUGGUGGAAAUCAUGUCUUUGAACACUAUGAAGAAGAGACUCUUUGAAUAAACGUUAAAAAAGCCCCCUGACUGGAACAAGUCUGUUUGAAGUUCACUCCAUUAUCUACUCGAGUGAAACACGCGAGGAUGCGCGCGGCAGUCGGAAUCCUUUGUGCUUUGACUGUCCUGGUCUCGUGCAGCCAUGGCGCGAGAGUUGUGAGUGGUCAGACAGUGUGUCAGGGCAAUCCUGAGGAGCCGUGCUAUAAGAUCGCUUACUUCAGGGACGUUUCGAGUCGUGUUGCAUUCUGGGAGGCUCAGGAUUUGUGUGAAAUGGACGGCGGUUCGUUGCUGAGCAUUGAGAACACAGCAGAGCAGAAGCACAUCGAACAUCUUCUGCGGGAACUCAGCAUCUCCACUUCCAACGGUGCUUCCAGCGGGUUGGGCAUCACAGACGGAGACUUCUGGAUCGGGUUGACACGUGUGGAGGACGAGACAGCACAGGAACCGGGCAGCUUUGCCUCGUGUCCCAACCUUUACAGGUGGACAGAUGGAAGUGUCUCACAGUUUAGAAACUGGUAUGCUGAUGAACCAUCCUGUGGAGGAGAAGCUUGCGUGGUCAUGUAUCACCAGCCUACAGCUCUCGCUGGGCCUGGUGGGCUGUAUCUUUACCAGUGGAACGAUGACAGGUGCAAUAUGAAGCAUAAUUUCAUCUGCAAGUAUGAACCAGAAAGCUACCUGGUAAAAGUGCAGAGCGACACGCCUGAAGGGCCUGAUGUUGAUCUUUCCUCAGAAGAACAAGAGGAGAGGAGAACAUCUCCUGUCGACCAGGAUGAGAACCCCCGACUUAUUAUGCCAGGGCACUCAAGUAUGCUGCUAAUCUACGUGAUUAUCCCUACCAUCCCUCUCCUCUUGCUGAUCCUGGUGGCUUCAGGAACGUGCUGUUUCCAGAUGUUGAGCAAGAGUAAACCACGGACCAAAACGAAUGUUAAUCAAUCAACUCUCUGGAUCUCCAAGACGCCAAAGAUAGAAAGUGGCAUGGAGGUUUAAAGAAUCAUCUGUACGAUUCAAACAGCUCCCUUUUUCUGGCUUUGUCAUCUAUGUUGCUUGAUCAGCAACAUGUUAGCCCGGUGUUUAGUUUAGUGUGUGAUUUAUUAAUACUAGCUAAAAUGUGCAGCACCGGCAGAGCAGUUACACACACGCAUUUCUGUACAUAUGUUGUGCUCUCACAAAUUGCUAAAGUCUGUGAGUUUUCCGUUCACUCGCAUGACCCUCGUCUCCAUUUCAUGUUUCUUGUCAGAAAGUCUGACCUGAAGGUACUGAGGGCUGCUUAGGGAGGGUGAGUCCUAAUUGGCACCAAACAAAGUGAGCAAUUAAAUUACUGUAAUUAAAGCAAAUACAAGUGGGAACCACAUAAAAAGAGGAAUUAAGAGUUCCUUCUGACAGCGAAUAGGGUCACACAAACUAAAUCUAGUGACACAGUAAAGAAAUUAAACACUAAAAGAGCAUAAAAAGAUGGCCUCAAAAGGUUUUUGGAGAAUUAGAGUAAUUUAUGUCUCAUUCAAUAAAUGAGAGGCCUAUUUAAUCUCAAACAUUUCUCAUGCAUUGCCAAUGAUGGUUCACAAUUGAUUAUUUAACAGCAUAGGAUUUCUUUUUAAACAUAUGCGAUUGUUCUUUAAAUGAACACAAUCAUUGGCUAAUAUAGUGACUGUUAUGAGGAUGUUGUCAUAAAGAAAAAAGAUGAAUUCGUAAAAAAUGUACAUAUUUGUUUUUGUAUGAUGUGACUGCGAAGCUGCUGCCACUGUUACAUAUGCAGUUUUUUGCAUGUGAAUAUUUUAUCAUCUCAUUUUACAGUACUGCAUAUAGAAAAUAUCAAUGCUAAAAAGUAUUAAACUGGUUUGCAUCAUAUUGUAUCAGAUACCGAAAUUAGUCAGUUAGACGUCUGGUUGUACAGGAAGAUGUGUUUCUGUGAGGGUGGGUAAUAUUGUGUGUUUGGAUUUAAAAUGUGCUGUUAAUACUUUUUUAUAUUUUUGAGACAGGAAUUAGACGUGUACAGAUGGAUUAAAAAUAUUUAAUUGUGAA